AAAAAAUACAGUAAAGUCAAGCCAGCUUGUCGUGUUCGUCGGUCUUUAUAUCUUUUGGGAAUUGGAUUUGGGGCUAAUGUUACAGAUGUUCAUCAUUCCAUCGUGGUGAAACUUGGGCUUGGAAAUGAAAGGUUCGGAGAUGGAGAACACGCAUAUGAUGCUGGAGCAAAAGCUGCUGGAGGACAAUCUUGCCAUGCCAAACCAGAAGCUGGAGGUCCUUGAUAUCCUUAAAGCAGCUCCAACAAUCUUUUUCAAGAAUUUCAGUUUCAUCAUCUUCCUCCUUUUCAUUUCCCUCCCUCUUUUCUUCUUCAUGGUUUACUACGAAAUUUUCCUUCAAAGAACUCUGACAAAUAUUCUAGAGCAAUCUCAUAGUCAUGACUUAGAAUAUCAUCGUUGGUCAGUAGUAACUUCUGAAGUUACAACCGAAUUAAGAACGACUUUUUCUCAUCAACUGGUUCAACUCGGUUUCCUUUAUCUGGUGCCCUUUCAUCUUCUUGAGCUUUGCACUGUGAUUGUAACGGUGGAUUUGGCAUCAAAGAUAUACGCAGAAGAUAGACCAAUACUGACUCUGAAGGAGAUGCUGUACAAACCGAUUUAUGGAGCAAGAAUAAGAGGUACUUUUAUCACAUCCUUUUACGUUAUUCUCUUAUCAACUUGUAAUCUGCUCGGAUUGGUAUGGUUAGCAACAAGCUACCAUGUAUUUUGGAGAACAUCGGAUUUACAGGUGCCAUUUCUACUGUUCUACGGACCGGUUUUCAUAGCUUUGCUACUAAAAUACUUGGAAUGGAGUGCGGUGUGGAACGUGAGUAUCGUCAUUUCAGUGUUGGAGGGGACUUUCGGGGUUCGAGCAAUGGCGCUUUCUGCUCGUUUUAAUAGAGGCAAUGAGCGGCGUGGGCUACUUUUGAUGGCUGUUUUCUUUGUUUGGGGACUGGAUUUGAGGCUGCCAUGCCUCUAUUUUAGAUGCUAUGAAGGAGAGAUUAUGGGAAUUGUUGCACAAGUUGGGUUGUUCUGCUUGGGGAAUGUGCUGAAAUGGGUGGCCUGCAUGUUAUAUUUCUAUGAUUGUAAGAAGCAGACUCUAGAGAAGAAGGUUGAUGUGGAAGCAGGGAGAGAAAUCAAAGUCGUUGAUGCAUAAUUACUGCAGCAAAUACUCACGAAUGCUUAAUAAACUUGGUGAAAGAACUUGGAUCUUGUAAAAGAGAAUGCCUUACGAAAUUGGUUGUUCUUUUGGCCGUCUAGGAGGCGGUCCUCUCUCUGUCUCUCUCUCUCUCUCUCUCUCUCUCUCAGAGCAAUCACACUCCGGUAUAGCUUUGGCAUUGCCUAAAGAUUUUUUUA